AUCAGGACGCGCGGACCGCAUUCCUCCUCAUUCAUGCCGUGCUGAGAAUCUUCACUCUCGGAAAGUGCAAGCGGAGCUUUACACACUGCUGCCGAGAAAAUGUACUCAAGUUUGAGAUUUUACGCAUGGCGAGGAUAAUAAACCAAGGCAUAAAGAGCACAAGGCUAGCGGCCAUGGCGCUUCAGAUGAUGGUGUAGACGACAGCUCCGUGCCGAGAGAGAGAGCAGAGAGGACACUGGGUCAAUAAGACGCUCUCCUCACCGUAGACUGACAGACGCUGUCCAGGUUUUUUCCAGGCCCAGGAUCACAAAGGUGAACGGAUCACCUGGCCUACCGCUUCCUCUCAGAAAGAUAUUCAAAAUGCUGCCGUAUGGGAGGAGGCCCCUUCCCGCCUCUCUUCGCGAGGCAUUCCUCCUCCUUUUCUUCCUCUCGUUCCUCCCUCAACAUGGGGGGCUCGAGGUUAACCUCUCUUCCUUCCGGAUCUUUACCCCACCAGAGGGAGGGCUUACGCAUUUGGUUGUCCAUAACAAAACGGGUGAAGUCUACGUCGGUGCUGUCAAUUGGAUCUACAAGCUCUCCAGCAACCUGACCAAGCUCCGAAGCCAUGUUACCGGUCCUGUGGUGGAUAAUGAGAAAUGUUACCCACCACCUGGUGUUCAGUCUUGCCCUCACGAGCUAUCACAGACUAGCAAUGUCAACAAGCUGUUGCUUCUGGAUUCAGGACAGAACAGGCUCAUUGCGUGUGGAAGCACCUCACAGGGUAUAUGCCAGUUCCUCCGACUGGAUGACCUCUUCAAACUUGGUGAGCCACAUCACCGCAAGGAGCACUACCUUUCAAGUGUGUCUGAGGCGGGCACUAUGUCAGGAGUGGUUAUUAGUGGAACCCAAGGUGAAGACACUGGCAAAUUGUUCGUAGGUACACCCAUCGAAGGAAAAUCUGAGUACUUCCCAACUCUCUCCAGUCGUAAGCUGAUGGCUAAUGAGGAGAAUGCUGAAAUGUUCAGCUUUGUCUACCAGGAUGAGUUUGUCUCCUCGCAGCUCAAGAUUCCAUCCGACACCCUUUCCAAGUUCCCUAGUUUUGACAUCUACUACGUCUAUGGCUUUAGCAGCGAACAGUUCAUCUACUACCUAACUCUCCAGCUGGACACCCAACUCACCUCGCCGGAUGCCAGUGGUGAACAGUUCUUCACCUCCAAGAUUGUCCGCCUCUGUGUGGAUGACCCCAAGUUCUACUCCUACGUAGAGUUUCCUAUUGGCUGUACCAAGGAUGGCGUGGAAUACCGAUUGGUUCAAGACGCCUACCUCAGUCGGCCCGGUGCCAAGCUGGCACGAUCAUUGGGUAUCUCUGAACAGGAAGAGGUGCUGUUUACCGUAUUUGCUCAGGGCCAAAAGAACCGGGCCAAGCCACCGAAAGAAUCAGCCCUGUGCCUGUUCACAUUGCGGAAAAUCAAGGAAAAGAUUAAGGACAGGAUCCAAUCCUGCUACAGGGGUGAAGGAAAACUAUCCCUGCCUUGGCUCCUCAACAAGGAACUGAACUGCAUCAACUCACCUCUCCAGAUAGAUGACAACUUUUGUGGCCAGGACUUCAACCAGCCUCUAGGGGGCACCACUACGAUUGAAGGGAUUCCUUUAUUCCUGGACAAAGACGACGGGAUGACGUCAGUGGCGGCGUAUGAUUAUCGUGGCCACACCGUAGCCUUUACCGGCACACGUAGUGGCAGGAUGAAACAGAUCUUGGUGAACUCCAUUACCCAGCCUGCACUGCUGUAUGAGAACGUGGUGGUGAGCGAAGGGAACCCAAUUUUGAGAGACAUGCUGUUCAGCCCUGACCAUCAAUACAUCUACACGCUCACAGAUAAAGAGGUGAGCCGGGUGCCGGUGGAGAGCUGUGAGCAGUACAGCAGCUGUAGCGAGUGUCUGGCUUCUGGUGAUCCCCACUGCGGCUGGUGUGUCCUGCACAGUGUAUGUUCACGUAAGGACCGCUGUGAGCGAGCUGAUGAGCCGCAGCGCUUCGCCUCCAGACUGGAGCAGUGCGUCCGACUCAUGGUGCAGCCCAACAAUAUUUCAGUCACCAUGUCUGAAGUUCAGCUGGUUCUUCUGGCUCAGAAUGUUCCCAGUCUGGCUCCGGGUGUUAACUGCUCAUUUGAGGACUACACUGAGAUGGAGGGACACAUCAUGGGGGGACGUAUAUACUGCCUGUCCCCCUCUGCACGGGAGAUCGCUCCCAUCACGCGCAACCAGGGUGACAAGCGAGUGGUGAAGCUCUAUCUGAAAUCCAAGGAGACGGGGAAGAAGUUUGCCAGCGUGGAUUUUGUCUUCUACAACUGCAGUGUCCAUCAGUCGUGUCUCUCCUGUGUGAAUGGCUCCUUUCCAUGCCACUGGUGCAAAUAUCGACACAUGUGUACCCACAAUGCCAAUGACUGCUCUUUCCAGGAGGGCCGCGUCAACAUGUCUGAGGAGUGUCCUCAGAUCCUGCCGUCCACUCAGAUCUACAUCCCUGUUGGUGUCAUGAAGCCCAUCACCUUGUUGGCCCGGAAUCUUCCGCAGCCUCAGUCUGGACAGAGGAACUACGAGUGUAUCUUCUAUAUUCAGGGGAAGGAGUACAGUGUCACUGCAUUACGCUUCAACAGCACUAGCAUACAGUGUCAGAAGACCAUGUAUGACUAUGAAGGAAAUGACAUCAGCGACUUGCCGGUGGAUCUCUCGGUUGUGUGGAAUGGAGAUUUCGUCAUUGACAACCCCUACAAUAUCCAAGCGCACCUGUACAAGUGUUACGCCAUGCGGGACAGCUGUGGGAUGUGUUUGAAAGCGGAUCCUCGGUUCGACUGCGGCUGGUGCGUGCAGGAGAAAAAGUGUUCUCUGAGACAGGAGUGUGCUCCUCCAGAGAGCAUCUGGAUGCACCCCAGCGCAGGAAACAGUCGCUGCGCGCACCCCAAAAUCAACAAGCUGUUUCCUGAGACCGGUCCACGGCAAGGCGGAACCAGUCUCACCAUCACCGGAGAGAACCUGGGUCUGCAGUUUAGAGACAUCAUGACAGGUGUUCGGCUGGGAAAAGUACCCUGUGUUCCUAUUGAAGAGGAAUAUGUUAGUGCGGAAAGGAUUGUGUGUCUGCUGAAUGAUGCCACAGGAUACCGCGUACAGGAAGCCCAGGUGGAGGUAUGCGUGAGAGACUGCCUGGCUGACUACAGAGCCCUCUCACCCAGGGCUUUCACCUUUGUGACGCCGUACUUCACACGUGUUCAGCCCGGUCAGGGACCUCUUUCAGGGGGAACCAGAAUCACUAUUGAAGGAAACCAUCUCAACGCUGGCAGCUCUGUUGCGGUCAACAUUGGGCGCCACCUUUGUCACUUUAAAAAGCGGAGCUCUAAAGAGAUCGUGUGCGUGACCCCAGCCGGCGUGAAUGUGGGAAGCACUCCAGUUAUGGUGGACAUUGACUCUGCUGAGCUGAGGAACCCUGAGGUGAAGUUUAAUUACACAGAGGACCCCACCAUCCUGAAGAUAGACCCGGACUGGAGCAUUGCUAGCGGUGGGACUCUGCUGACGAUCAGCGGCACCAACCUGGCCACCAUUAAAGAGCCCAAGAUCCGUGCCAAGUACGGCUCUGCCGAGUCCUUCCAUAACUGCACGGUUUUCAACAACUCUGUUAUGGUCUGUCUGGCCCCGUCGCUGGCUGAUUCGGAUAGAGUCUUUGCUGAGACUGGCAGCGGACCGGAUGAGAUCGGCUUCUACAUGGAUAAUGUCCACGCCCUUGUGGUCGUCAACGAGAGCUUCAGCUACUACCCGGACCCCGUCUUUGAACCCCUCAGUCCCACAGGCAUUCUGGAGCUCAAACCAACGUCGCCCCUUAUCCUGAAGGGUCGUAAUUUGAUUCCUGUCGCUCCCGGUAACUCCAGACUUAACUACACAGUGUUUAUCGGAGAGACCCCGUGCAUUCUGACGCUCUCUGAGACCCAGUUGCUGUGCGAGUGGCCCAACCUCACCGGACAGCACAAAGUGACGAUCCGGGCAGGAGGGUUUGAAUAUUCCCCCGGCACGCUGCAGAUCUACUCCGACAGCCUUCUCACCCUGCCUGCUAUCAUCGGGAUCGGAGGAGGGGGAGGCCUCCUGCUGCUGGUCAUCAUCGCGGUGCUCAUCGCCUACAAGCGCAAGUCCCGCGACGCAGACCGCACUCUCAAAAGACUCCAGCUGCAAAUGGACAACCUGGAGUCUAGAGUCGCUCUCGAGUGCAAAGAAGCUUUUGCCGAACUCCAAACUGACAUCCAUGAACUAACCCAAGAGCUGGAUGGAGCUGGUAUCCCAUUCCUGGACUACCGAACCUAUGCCAUGAGGGUCCUGUUCCCUGGCAUUGAAGACCACCCGGUGCUCAAGGAGAUGGAGGUGCAGGCUAAUGUCGAGAAGGCCUUGACUCUGUUUGGUCAACUCCUCACCAAGAAGCACUUCCUGCUGACAUUUAUCCGCACGCUGGAAGCUCAGCGCUCCUUCUCCAUGCGUGACCGUGGCAACGUGGCAUCACUCAUCAUGACGGCUCUACAGGGAGAGAUGGAGUACGCUACAGGAGUCCUCAAACAGCUGCUCUCUGACCUCAUCGACAAGAACCUGGAGAGCAAGAACCACCCUAAACUGCUGCUCAGGAGGACCGAAUCUGUUGCUGAAAAGAUGCUUACAAACUGGUUCACUUUUCUUCUGAACAAGUUCUUAAAAGUAAGUGUCACCAAACUCAUCUUGUUUUCUGUUUCAGAGUGGCGGCAGGGUCGACUGGCGAGGAUCAUUCUGCAGGAUGAGGAUGUCACUACUAAGAUUGAUAAUGACUGGAAACGCCUGAACACACUAGCACACUAUCAGAGCAUGUUGAGGACGGCCAGCAGCCCAGACAGUCUGCGGUCCCGGACGCCCAUGAUCACACCCGAUCUAGAGAGCGGUACCAAACUCUGGCACCUCGUCAAAAACCACGACCAUGCAGACCAGCGCGAGGGCGAUCGCGGGAGCAAGAUGGUGUCCGAGAUCUACCUGACACGACUGCUGGCCACCAAGGGUACUUUACAGAAAUUCGUUGAUGAUUUGUUUGAGACGAUAUUCAGCACGGCUCACCGUGGCAGUGCCCUCCCUCUCGCCAUUAAAUACAUGUUUGACUUCCUGGACGAGCAGGCGGACAAACAUCAAAUCACAGAUUCAGAUGUUCGACACACCUGGAAGAGCAACUGUUUGCCAUUGAGGUUCUGGGUGAACGUGAUCAAGAACCCUCAGUUUGUGUUCGACAUCCACAAGAACAGCAUCACAGAUGCGUGUCUCUCCGUAGUGGCCCAAACUUUCAUGGACUCCUGCUCCACAUCUGAACACAAGCUCGGCAAAGAUUCCCCUUCCAAUAAGCUGCUCUACGCUAAAGAUAUUCCCAACUACAAGAACUGGGUAGAAAGGUAUUACUCAGACAUCGCACGCAUGCCCGCCAUCAGUGAUCAGGACAUGAGUGCUUAUCUCGCGGAGCAGUCCAGACUCCACCUGAGCCAGUUUAACAGCAUGAGCGCCCUCCACGAGAUCUACUCCUACAUCGCCAAGUACAAAGAUGAGAUCCUGUCCGCACUACAGAAGGAUGAGUUAGCUCGGCGACAGAGACUGCGCAGUAAACUGGAACAGGUUAUCGACACCAUGGCUCUGACAAGCUGAGGACCUCCUCCCCGUCUCUCCACCCACCUCAGCUGGCUCCCUCUGACCUCCUGACCCCGCCCCCGAGCCUUGCCCACAGUCACACACACACACACACACACACACACACACACACACAAAGACACGCUAAGCUAAGCUAAGCUAAUGGACUGCAAGGACAGAAGCAGUACACUGGAGACCCCACAGCCCAGGGUGGAAAUCCUCUUUCAUCACUUCCUUUGAACUCAACACGCACCAGAAUGUCUCCCCGGACGCCACGUCCAACCAAUAGGACUUAAUUUUUUGGAUUUUUAUCAUUUUGGAGUGUGUGUUGAGCCACGCUUGUGUGCUUUUACUCACCAAGGAUGUCUUGUAUUAUGAGCCAGAAGACCUUAAAGCCCAUGAAGGAUAAAACAGUACCCCCCCCCCACAAACAGAAUUUUGUUUUAGCGCUUACUUUAACAUCUUUUUUUUAACUCUUUGGGUUGAUCAAACAACUCACUCACUCCAGUCUCCUGCCACUUGUGUUACUGCUGAAUUUGCACAAUUUACAGGAACUACAACAAAUGAAAAUGUUAUAAAUAUAUAUAUAAAUGUGUAUAGAUAUAUAAAUACAACUGCAUUUUUAUACAAAAAGAGUGAAAAGAUGCGUACAAAGUUUUCCAUUUUAACAUAGAAAAGAAUACGAUGAAUUUGAUAUGUGAAACAAAGACUGAACUAUGAAAAAAAAAUAUCGAAAAAAAUGUCCUGUGCCAUGUUUUAUUUGAAUGUUGUUUAGUGCAAAAAACGAUUUUCUUUAGAUGAAUUGUGCUAUGAUUUAAAUGUUGACUACCCUAGUGAUUGAAGAACUGAGAGUGAAAAAAAUGUGCAAAAAAGAACAAACUCAGACAAAUGUGUUCCCAUGUGGUACCUAGUGUUUUUUGGGGAAAUCGUCCUCACGAAAAACAAAAGGUUCAUUGUUUAGUUGGUGGAUGAAUCUAUGUAUUUAGUUUUUGUACACUUCUUUCAACCUUUAUUGCUAUUAUGGUUUUAGUCUGAAAGCCACUUGAGGACAUAUUCUUUGCUAUUCCGUGUGAAAACUCAAUCGAUAAUUAAUAAUUGGCCGUUUUCAUUUUGUGUUCCUUUCUCAUAUUCAGACGUGAGCACUCUAAGCCUCUAUAAUUUUUGCACAAAUCAGUCUAGAAUGAAGGAAAACUUGAGAUUGAAGAACUGACGAAUGUGUUCCGUUACUGAUGAUGUCACAGUGUGGCAUUCUGAGAAGGUUCAGUGACAUCACGAGAUGGUCCUCACUGCAGAACACAAGAUCCAGGGGAAGUGGUUGAAUCCGGGAUCCAACUCCUCCCACCUUACAUACACCUAAACCUACCAGUCUCCACCCCCUAAUCCCUAAGCCCACCCAUCUCCACCCCUAAACCUACCAAUCCCC